GCAGCGGAGGGGCGCUGUUUAGGGCGACACUCACUAGUUAUGCUGCAGUGCUGUGUUAAAUCAUACAUGUGUCUGUAAUUCAGGCACUGUUUCAAAUAUGUAGCGUUAUGGUAACGUUCACGUACAGGUGGUAGUCUGACUGCCAGACUGGCGCUAAACUUUGCUGGUAGUUAAUCGUAUAAAGCAGCUUGAAAAUAAGAAGGCGAGUUAGCCGUUAGCUAGCUGGCUAACAAACACACGGCAGGCUGCGUAACCCGAACACGAGCAACAUGGAGCGCUUAACAUCGCUCGGGGGCGACCCUUUCGACAAGCCACUGUGUGGAGGCUGCUCGUCGUAUUUGGUGGAGCCCUACAUUAAAUGUGCAGACUGUGCACCACCGCUGUUCCUCCUGUGUCUCCAGUGUUUUACUAGGGGUUAUGAAUAUAAAAGGCACCAGAGUGACCACAAAUAUGAGAUCAUGACGUCGGAUUUUCCCAUUCUGGAGCCUGGCUGGACAGCCCAGGAGGAGAGGUCUCUCCUGGAGGCCGUCAUGGACUGUGGCUUUGGAAACUGGCAGGACGUGGCCUACCAAAUGCGGACCAGGACCAAGGAGGAAUGUGAAGGCCACUACAUAAAGAACUUCAUCAACAAUCCCCUGUUCUCCUCCACUCUGCUCAGUCUCCGGCAGACGGAGGAGGCCCACACCACAGACACCGCCAUCCCGUUCAAACCAACAGAUGACCCCCCCAGACCCUCCUUUGACUCUCAGCUCUCGCGGGACAUGGCUGGCUACAUGCCUGCCCGAGCAGACUUCAUGGAGGAGUUUGAUAACUACGCUGAAUGGGAUUUGAAAGAUAUCGAUUUUGUUGAUGACGACUCCGAUAUUCUUCAUGCCCUUAAAACGGCGGUUGUGGACAUCUACCACUCAAGACUGAGCGAGAGGAAGCGGAGGAAAAGGAUCGUCCGGGAUCACGGACUCAUCAACCUGCGAAAGUUUCAGAUGCUGGAGAGACGUUACCCCAAGGAGGUGCAGGACCUGUAUGACAUCAUGAGACGCUUCGCCAGGGUGGCGGGACCAAUGGAGCAUGACAAGUUCAUAGAGAGUCACGCGUUGGAGUUUGAGCUGAGGAGGGAGAUAUCCCGGCUUCAGGAGUACCGGCGUGAAGGCGUCCGGUCCUUCUGUGGGGCCAGGGUGUACGAGCGAGUGAAGAGGGGCCGCGAGGACGAGCGCAGGAAGAGGACCCUGCUUGGGGAAGUGCUGCAGUAUGUCCACGACGCCGGCACCUGCCAACAGUGGCUGCACAAGCAGGCCGCCAUUGACGCUGGAAUUACCCCUGUGGUCAGUACCAUCACAACCUCAGGAAGGAGAAGUGCACCUCCGUUGAACCUAACUGGGUUGCCAGGUACAGAAAAACUCAACGAGAGAGAAAAAGAGUUGUGUCAGGUGGUGCGUCUGGUGCCGGGGGCAUAUCUUGAGUACAAACAGGCCCUGCUGAGCGAGUGCCAGCGUCAGGGCGGUCUACGCCUCGCGCAGGCACGAUCCCUCAUCAAGAUAGACGUGAACAAGACCCGUAAGAUCUACGACUUCCUCAUCAAGGAGGGCUACGUUAACAAAGCAUAAGUGUGGUAGCCUAGCGACCAGACCACGGCUCUCUGAAGAAGUGAUAACUGCACGUGUUCACGUUGGACGUCAGCGCUGAUGUUAUGGUCUGUGUGUGUGUGAAACAUGACCAGUGGUGUGUGUAAAGUGACCCUCAGAGCAAUGUGUGCUGCAUCACUGAGAGUUCCGAUGAAUUUCUCAGUGUGCAGCGGCUGGACUCACUGAUGAUCACAUGGUGCUGUAACACUACACAAGUAAAUAUUUUCUUUUGUUCUGGUGAA